ACUCCUUCUCCUCUUGUCGUCAUGGUAACCGUAAAGGGGGGCUUACGGCCAGAGGGAAGGGGAGAAGAGGUACCCAGACUUAUCACAUGACCGCUCCUCAUCUUAUCACAUCUGUGUUUGGAUAUACACCGCUUGGACCCUGAACGACAACAGAUCACACUGUCGUGUCUUCGAGCUGAUUUGCAGACCAAUUGAACGGAAAUCGACAUGUCAGACAUAGUUCCUCCAGAAGUGAGACCCAAACCGGCUGUCCCUGUCAAGCCUCCAAAUGUAGGGGCUCCUUCCCCGUCCACCCCCUUCCCAGUCCAGGGCCCGGGCAUCGGAGGAGGGGGAGGGGGUGGCGUCUCAGCUCAUCCUCCAAGUGCCAUCCCAGUACCCAUCGGGGGCCACGGCCCAGUGCACAUUAGCAGCCAUAGCGUGGGUCAUGGGGUGGGCCACGCCACAGGCCAUGGUGCAGGACACACUGCAGCACACAAUGGAGGUCAUGGUGGCUCCCACAGUUCCAGUGGUGGAUCAACUCUGCUGGGAUACAUUGGUAUUGACACCAUCAUUGAGCAGAUGAGGAAGAAGACCAUGAAGACGGGUUUUGACUUUAAUAUCAUGGUUGUUGGUCACAGUGGUCUCGGUAAGUCAACUCUGGUGAACACCCUUUUCAAGUCCCAGGUGAGCAGGAGGAGUGCAGGGUGGGCGCGUGAUGAGAAGAUCCCCAAAACCGUAGAGGUCAAAGCAGUGUCUCAUGUCCUUGAGGAGGGUGGUGUGAAGAUGAAGCUGACAGUUAUCGACACUCCAGGCUUUGGAGACCAAAUCAAUAACGACAACUGCUGGGAGCCCAUUUGCAAGUACAUCAAUGAGCAGUAUGAGAAGUUCCUAAAGGAGGAGGUCAACAUCACCAGGAAGAAGCGCAUCCCUGACACCAGGGUGCACUGCUGUCUCUAUUUCAUCUCCCCAACAGGGCACUCCCUCCGGCAGCUGGAUGUCGAGUUCAUGAAGCGUUUGAGUCACUCUGUCAACAUUAUCCCUGUCAUUGCAAAGGCAGACACUAUGACCAUUGAGGAGAGACAGGAGUUCAAACAACGGGUAAGGAAGGAGCUGGAGAUGGGCGGGAUUGAGUUUUAUCCACAGAAAGAGUUUGAUGAGGACAUGGAAGACAAGAGUGACAAUGACAAGAUCAGAGAGGCGAUGCCCUUUGCUGUGGUGGGCAGUGACAAAGAAUAUCAAGUGAAUGGCAAACGAGUUCUGGGGAGGAAGACACCAUGGGGAAUUGUAGAAGUUGAAAAUCCCAACCAUUGUGAGUUUGCCCAGCUGAGAGAUUUCCUGAUCAGGUCUCACCUCCAGGAUUUGAAGGAGGUCACUCAUAACAUUCACUAUGAAACUUAUCGUGCCAAGAGACUGAACGAAAAUGGAGGUCUGCAUCCCAUAUGCUCCAAUGACACGCAAGAAAGCAACCUGUAGUCAGUCAGUCAUCUAAGAAGUGAGAAUAAAAAUUGGCGCAGUGAAGCUGGUGCA